UUCAUCUGGAUUCGUGCAUGAACUCGAUCUCAUUUAAUAUUUGCCUCGGAAUCAUGGGUUGACAAUUUGACAUGAUGUUUUCUUCUUCAUUUUGUUGUUCUCUCCAAUCCUGAUAAAUGAUCUGGCAUACCUGUAGAUGAUUCUUGUUUUUAGUAUAGUCAGUUCGAUCUGGGCAGUGACUUUCUGUCGAUUCAGUUGCUUUGGAAACUGAAUGACUGGAUUGCCCAGUUCUUCUAUUUUCCUUUUUCACCGAGUGUUCGUUUCAAAAUGAGGUCCCAAGAUAAUGGAUAGAUAUGUAUGCAUAUCAUUAUAUUUGUGUUGGCCUGUAUUAGGACACGAACAUCCACAGUUCUAUACAGCAAGAGUUUGAUUUCUGCCUUGAUUUCCCUGUUUAAUAAGCAGAUAGUUCAAAAAUUUCUUCUCUGCUUGGAAAUUGCUGUGGCUCGAAGAAUUGUCAGUAACAGUCAACCUUUUGAUCCCAAAUCUCUCUUUACGCAGUUAUGCAUCUUAUCAGAGGCUGCAAAUUGCAAUUGUAUAAUAUCUGUCUCAAGUCAUCUCUGUUCUUUUCUUAUAUUUCUGGACCUUUUUUUGGCAUCCGUUAUCGAUUCUAGCAAGUACUCUUUUUAAGUGUUGGAUUUUAGGGGAGAGAAGAAAAAUAACCGAAUCAUUGGCUGGAAUGUGGUCAUUUUGGCACAUUGCAAUAUUUAAAUUUGUUGCUGGGAAAUGCAUAAUGUAAUUGCAGAGCCAGAUGUCCCUGCGUAGAAGGGUUGAGGAUUCUAUUAUGCCAAGCCUGCUGUUGAGUGAUUCAACCCAUGCAAGCAUAACUGCUAAUGGUGACAUGAUAUUGUCAACGUGUUCUGUGACAUGUCAUAUCAGAUUCAUAUCCACUUUUUGAUAGAUUGUUGACAAUGGUGAUAGGCAUGAUACAGAUUGGAGUUCAAUCCUUGAUGUGAAUAAUCCUCUAACAUGAUGUCUUCUGUAAAUCAAUCCUGGCAUUUUCAUGGGUUCUUGUUUGGUUCCAGAAAAAUUUUAGCAAUAGUUUUGAGCAAAAAGGAAACUGUGAGCUAGACGUUCUUUUGCCAUGGUGCGAGAGUGGAAUUGCAUCUAACAAUGAUCAUUGUCCUGAUCCUUCCUAAUCACAAGGGCACCAUAUAUCAGCUUAACUGUUAUCGCCCAACAGCUUGUAUGCAUUUCUAGGAAUGGCUUUGUACAUCAUGAGUCCAUAAGCUUGAUGGACUUUCGUUUUCUUGUUCUAGUUAUGGGAACAACUUGCUUUUUGUGCCAUAAAACUUCAACUCCCACUUUUUUUGCCACGAGCAUCUGUUGUCUAGUUAAGGGUUAACACCUUGAUGCCAAUGUUAUUAGAAUCUCACUUUCUCUUAUUUGACUUUCCAUCGUGCUAGGAAAGUUUCAAUGUAUAGGUUAAUCUAGCCAGUUUGUUGGGAGAAACAUGACCACUGGACUGACUCGUAAAGUUCGGCUAGUCAAGUGUCCAAAAUGUUGGCAGCUUCUUCCAGAGCCAGCGGAUGUUUCUGUGUACCAAUGCGGUGGAUGCAGCGCUGUCCUUCGAGCAAAAAAUCGCAGAACUGAAGCUGGGAGUGCAGUAUCGGAACUACUUGAGGUAGCUGAUGCUCAGAAGAAUAAACCUGAAUUGACUUCUGUGGAUGACGGUUCAAAAGAAUCAGGACAUGGAACGGUUCUUCCUUCCUCGACACUCCGUUCACCUGAUCGGAGCAAUGUGGACAGCUGUCGCAUAUCUGACAAUGGCAAUGCUGAACCUGACCAGCCUUGCGAGUCAUUCUCAUCCAAUGUAGCUAAAAAAGACCGAAGCAGGCAAGAUGUGUCUGGUGAGUCCAAUGAAGAAGGACAUGGAGGAGCAAGGGAUGUUCAGUCUUCGACUCAGCCUGCUUCUCUUGAUAAUGGACAGACUUUGCUUGUCAAGACUCCAAGAGCAAAUAUAGACGGAAGUGAAGAAAGCUCAAUGUCUGAAAAGCUGCCAGAGCAACCUGAUGAGAGCGUUUCACCUGACAUUGUAGAUCGGAGGGAUUCUCUAAUCUCUGCAAGUGGAGAAUACGGUCACCCAAGCUCGAUGCUGAGAGGUGAACCUGGAGAAGCACCUAUCUCCACAUCAGCCAAAGGAUUGGAUGAUCAUGUUUACCCAUCUCCUACUCAUGUUGAGAAUCAACGCGCUGGCGGGUACGUUCAUCAUACAAAAGAAGCGAAUUUUGCUGUUUCUGAAGGACAGGUCGCUAGACAGAAGUUCCUGGAGAAUCACAAGACAGAUCCUAAUUUUAGAACAAAGCAUCCCCUAAGGAAAGAAGCGAAUUUUGCCAUUUCUGAAGAACAGGUCACUAGGCAGAAUUUCUUGGAGAAUCACAAGACGUACGGUAAUUUUAGAACGAAGCAUCCCCUAAGGAGUUCUAAGUCAUUUUACCAUAGGGAUGGAGGGACCGACCCAAUUAGAGUUAGCAGGCGGGAUCGAGGUGAAAUAAUUAGACAUGCAAGACAAGGUCUUCCUGGUCUAUACCGAAAUAGAUCAGAAUUAGAGGGAUUUGAGCCUGGCAGAGCACCAAACUUCCAAUGGGAUCCCCAAGAAACAUAUGAGGCUCCCCUGAACAAGGUGCACAAAUAUCUGGUUCGUAGCUCAAGCUGUCGUUUACCAGACAAGCCUGAGUUCGCUUCUCAGGACGAGAUGGAACUGCUGAGGUUGGUUGUUGAGCUGGAGGAUAAACUAAAGAGGACAUACAAUCUCCAUGGAACAAGAAAUGAAAGAGUGUCCCGGCAGUUUAGUUAUUCGGGGAAACAUUUCUCGUCGGAAACCAUGGAAAAUAGCAGAAACUCUGAUUACUCCUAUACCCAUUGCUUCCCACAUGACAGGCAUUACUCUGUACACUUGCCUCCACUCGCCAAUCACGAUAAAGGAGUCUAUAGAGUUCAUUCAAGUCGCAGCAUGUAUAGUCAAUAUGCCUCCUCUCCCUUGAGCUCCCAGCAGUAUGCAGUCCCCUCGUUGGAUCGCCAAAUGAAGUUUAAGCAAUUAAGAAAAGACCGUCAAUUUUCCAAGAGACACUUCCGGCCUAUCGCAGGUGGGGCCCCACUUAUAGUUUGUUACCAUUGCUUGGUGCUGCUGCUGGUACCUGCAGAUUUUGUCCUUUCAAGAAGAAGAUGUCAUCGGCUGAGGUGUGGCUCUUGUUUGACGGUGUUGGAGUUCUCAAUUCAGGAAGGAACACACCUAAUUCGGUAUACUCCAUGUGCAAUGGAAGCUCCCUCCAGAGGCCUUUCAGGUUGCUCUGAGGUCAUGCACGGUUCUUGCUCCGCUAAUAAUGGUGUUCACCUCAACUGUGGAUGUUCUGAAGAAGAGAGCAAGUGUGCAAUGCCCUCAGAGACCAAGGAAGUUCCUGGCAAAACCAGUUCAGCACUUCAUCAGCUAAUGGGCUAUUCUUCAAUUAGCCAGUUGAUCACUGGAUCAAGGCAGUCAGCCAGUGGGGCGGGGCGAGCCCUUCCACCCCAAGUAAAUCCUAAGCUAAAGGAAUGAAGAGCGUUUAUUUAUCGAUUCUCAAAGCUUUUUGGCAGGCAUUUACAAAUUUUUAGAAAACCUUAGGUGUUGGUCACCCGUUAUGUUGUCAUCCCCCGAGUCAUGUUUAUGUGAGAAAGUGAGAGAUACAAAUAAUAAUGUGCCAGCUGAGGUAACUACAUGCUCUUUGUCCACAUUAUAAGGUUAGGGUCCAUCAUUAUUGCAAAUUUAGUGGACCGCACAUCACAUUGGUCUGUGAAACAUGGCGUUCAAUAGGUGCUUCUCCAUAGUUGAGUUAUUUGCUGGACUUAAUUUUUUGAGGCUGAAGCAUUUCUAUUCUCAGGAAUGUAGAUGCUGAUGUGUUUGGUAGUCUUCUGUGAUUUAAAGAACCGAUAUAAAUACAAAUUUUUUUAUUCAUGACAAUGUAUUUGAAUUGUGUA